ACACUGAAGAAUCUGAAACAUAAAAGUUUUUAAGAUUUAAUAGAUGUGAUUUGAUGAAAUCUAUUCAGAACAUUAUUAUGCUUCCAUUUGUGUUAUAGUUUAUAGUUUAAAGGGUAGUAAUAAUAGAGAAAACGUACAAUAGGCAUGUCCAAACUUCUGAAAAGUAAUGCAUAAAUGAUCAGCUUUCUUACCGUUAGUUUAGAACUUAAUAAACCAUAGCAUAUAGUGGAUUUGCACACAAAUAGCUUUAACUUUAUUGUGGAUUUGAAUAAUGCCAGCUUUGUCUGGGGAAGAAAAAGUAAUGCAGAUGUAAUGAAGACAGGUAAAGAGACCAGCAGAGGGAGGUGUGUUUUAAUGGGGAUGUAGAAGGGCUUAUUCAUUUUAGUGUGAUACCUCCUACAAAAAGACAAAGCAUAUGAGGAAAGCACACACAACAUUCAGAUAGCCAAAGGAGGUGCACAUCAUUGAGUCAAUGUGCUGAUUUCUGAGGAAGACUCCAAACCUACUUAAGCUCAGUCUCAUAGGAAAGACCUGCGCUAUGUCGAAUCACUCUGUGGAGGGGAUUUACCUCAGCUCUCAUGUGGAGAACAUCCUGUUCGUGGCCUUCUACAUUGUCAUCUUCAUCCUCUCAGUCCCGAGCAAUGCCCUGGCACUUUGGGUGUUCUGUCACCGCAACACCAACAACACGCCUUCCAAAGAGUUUCUGAAGCACCUGGCUUUAGCGGACAUGUCUUACGUCUUGGUGCUCCCGAUGCGAGUGAUCUACCACAUGUCUGGCGGUCACUGGCCUCUUGGGGAAGGGGCCUGUCGCGUGGCUGGUUUCCUUUUCUUCGUCAAUCUUUACUGCAGCAUGUAUUUUACGACUUGCAUCAGUGUAGACCGUCUGCUGGCUUGCGUCUUACCACUUAAAACCCAGAAUCUGAGAAGUAUCAGGAAUGCCAAAGUGGUCUGUGCAAUCCUGUGGGUCAUGGUGAUUGUUUCCAUGUUGCCUGUCCUGUUCUCUAAAAAAGAAGUGACCAGACAAAUGCAGAACGUGACAGUGUGUGAACAGCUGUACAUAGAGAAGUCCUCCAGUCCCAACGGUGCAUUGGUGUCCACUGCUAUUGCAUUUGUGAUACCUUUGGUCACCCUGAGUUUUUCUUACAUUCUUAUAUUUGCCAAAGUAAAACAGUUGAGUUUUCAAGAAAGGACGGCUGCUCAGCGUAAGGCAAUAAGAAUGAUCGUACUAACAGUGGUUAACUUCUUGAUCGCAUUUGUGCCCUAUCAUAUCCACCGAUUUGUAUUUAUUCUACAACAUGAUGACAUGUCAAGGUCAGAAUCCGAAAGGCACAUGUUGCAUUUAGGAAAUCGCAUCACCUCAGCUUUAACAUGCAUGAAUGGUGUGUUGGAUCCUGUCAUGUACUUCUUUCUGGCGAGAAAUUAUCAAGAAACCCUGCUGCUGCUUUGUGGUAGAAACCCUAAAGAUGAGCAAUCCAAUACUUGAUCGGAUGACAAUAUCUCAUAUGGCAGACUUGAAUGACACUGACUAGGUCUUUGUGUUUAUUUAUAACUUUUUUUUUCUGCCAACAUUCAUCAUUUAUUGAUUAAUUUAUCAUAUAUAUUUUUUUUUGUAUAAACUUUUAGUUGUUCAAAAUGUGAGCAAA